AUGGUAGAGGUAGGAAAACGAAAAGAGCAAGGCAAUACAUUUUUUAAAGAAAACAAAUUUGAUGAUGCAAUAAGAUUAUACUCAGAAGCAGCAGAUUGCGAAGACGCGACGAAGGAGCUAAAAGCUGUAUGCUACGGAAAUAUAAGUCUCUGCUACCUACGAUUAAAUAAUCCUACGAAAUCUCUAGAAUAUUGCGAUUAUGCGCUAGGUCUGAAGCCAGAUUAUCAAAAAGUAAGAGAAAGAAAAAUUGGUUUGCUCCUGGACGCCAAAAGAAUACCUGAAGCAAGACUUGAAAUGGGUAAAGGGGAAGUUAGCGAUGAUUUGAAAGCAAAAGUUGAAGAAGCUGAAAAGGAAGAAAAUGAUAAAAUUUUGGAAGAUGAAAAAGCAAUGGAAAGAGAAGCAGACCUUGAGACUGAGGCUAGAGAGAAAGAAAAGCAAGAGAAGAAAAAAAAUUUAAAUGAAAUGACAACUGCUAUGAAAGAGCUUGCAAAUGAUGUACUGGAAAAGUUUGGGAUGAGCCUGGACUGUUUCAAAGUGAAGAAAUCAAAAGAGGGGAAAUAUUGUGUUGAUUUCUCAUAG